GCGAUGGCACGUUCACGUUCGAGGAGUUUGUGCAGGUGAUGGCGAACAUGGGCGGCAUCAGCAGCGAGCAGUCGGAGGAGGAUGAGGAAGAGGAACUCCGGCAAGCCUUCACUGUAUUUGACAAGUCUGGUUGUGGGUACAUCACAGCGUCUGACCUGAGAGCAGUGCUACAGUGUAUGGGCGAGGAUCUCACAGAGGAAGAGAUUGACGAGAUGAUUGCAGAGGUCGAUAUCGAUGGUGAUGGAAGGAUCGAUUUUGAAGAAUUUAUCGCCUGUAUGAAGGAAGAAAAGGAUGAAGAAAGUAAGAGCGAGGAUGACGAUACUGGGAGCCAGAUUUCUCUCGACAACCCAAUGUAGAGCCUGAGCACAGAGACUGGGCUUGUCCAACGCUGGUGGUCAAGGACGUGCUCG